CUUCAGUCUUGACAUUAUUGUAUUGUACUUCAAAUUCUUCAAAACCAAAACGAAACUCGAAAAGUCGAAAGUGUUUGUUUCUGUGUAAUAAGAUGUUGGUUAAAUAAAUAAAGUGUAAAUGUAGUCUAUACAUAUAAAUAGAGCGGCCGUUGUUCUAGGAGUGUCUGGUCAAACAAAUGAGUCAUAGGAGUCAUAGUAGUGAUGAAUUAUCUUUGAGAACAUGUAGGCAUAGGCAUUUAUGAAAUAAUAUCAUCGUGCGUUGAAUCAAAACGAAGAAUUAAAUUGUAAAGAUUGUGUUCAGAAAAUGUACGUGUCAUUGUUACUAAGAUACAAAAGUAUGAUACUCGCUAGUAUAUUCUUUUUCUACCUUGGUUGUGGAAUAACACUAAACUCUCUGCGCCUUGAAUGUGCUGAUGCUCACACUGCCAAAGAUUUGCGCGAUACUAAGUAUGGUUUAGGUAAAAUUGAAUAUGCAGUACUAGUUUUAAGUGGACCUAACAAUGAAGCCAAGAGAGAUGCUAUAAGAGCCACUUGGAUGAAGUUCUCGAAUAAUAUAUUUGUGGAGAAUGGAGAGAAAUUAUACAAGUGGAACCAUACAUGGACUGAGCAUCAUGUGCCACAUGAAUUCAUUAAGUUCUACUUCGUAAUUGGCACUCAAGGUUUGAGUGAAACGAAGCUGACAAAGUUACAUACUGAAAAUAACAGAAGCAAUGACCUCUUAUUAUUAGACAGCUUUGAAGAUAGUUAUAAGAACCUAGCUAUAAAAAUGUUACAUUCUUUAAAGUGGCUGACUACUAAUUUAAGUGGAUUAAAAUAUUUAAUAAAGUGUGAUGAUGACUCCUUUGUAAGAGUUGAUUUGAUAAUAAAAGAUCUAGAAGCUUAUGCACCCGAGAUGAAUGCUCAUGAAAUAAGUGAAUAUGUUACUUAUAAGAAAGAUCUACCUUCAUACAAAGGCUUGUAUUGGGGAUAUUUCGAUGGCCGAGCACGAGUUUAUUUGAAUGGGAAAUGGCAAGAGAAGGAUUGGUUCCUGUGUGACAACUACCUACCUUACGCAUUAGGUGGUGGCUAUGUCAUAUCUCGUAGUAUUGUAGACUUCGUUGGAAGGAAUGCUGAUAUAUUAGGACAUUAUAAUUCCGAGGAUGUUUCCAUGGGAGUGUGGACAGCCUCUUUAGAUGGUAUGAACAGAGUCCAUGACGUCAGAUUUGACACGGAAUGGAAAACAAGAGGCUGCUCCACACAAAUGUUAGUUCGACACAAACAGGCACCUGCGGACAUGUUCCAACUGUACAAAACAUUGGUACAUUCACACGGACAGAAACUUUGCAAGACUGAAACUAUAUUAAGGAAAUCUUAUCUUUAUAAAUGGGAUGUGCUACCGAGCAUGUGCUGUAAGUAGUGUAACUAAGUGUUGUAGAAUCUGCUAGAGUGCUAGAUAACUGUAGAAUUGGCUCUAUAGUUCAUUUUGUCAAGUCAGUCAUUAUUUAAGGCUCGAUAGUGAUCAAAUUAUAUUAUACAGUAUUUGUUUGUUGUGGAAUGUUAGUCAUAUUGUAGAAAAUAUAUAGAAUGUGUGUAGAUAUUAAUCUUGGACCUGUUUCC